UCUCGCUGCGCAGGCGCAGUUCGGGCAAAGAAGGCGAAUCCGUGCUGACAAUGCAGGGGGAACGAAAUCCACCCGAGUGCCUGAUUGACAGGACCAUCAAGAUGAGGAAGGAAACGGAAGCCAGAAAAGUCCUUUUGGUCUGGGGGAUUCUCAACCUGUCACUCGCUGGCAUGAUCUACACGGAAAUGUCUGGAAAACUGAUAAGUUCCUAUUACAAUAUUUCGUGCUGGAUCGUCUGGUAUGUAGAACUUGGGUUUGCUUCUUUGUUCAGCCUCAACGCCUUAUUCGAUUUCUGGAGGUACUUCAAGUAUACCAUGGCUCCCACCAGCCUAGUUAUGAGUCCUGGACAACAGUCCCUGCUGGGGUUGCAGAACGCAGCGGUCCAGACUACGCCACCCCGGGAGUUGAUGCCCAGGAAGACGCCCCCUUCGCCUCCCUCCCCUCCCAUCCAGGGGCAGAGCGUCCUGAGCUACAGCCCAUCCCGCUCCCCCAGCACCAGCCCCAAAUUUGCCACGGGCUGCAUCUCCGGUUACAGCCCUCAGCUGCAGGCCUUGUCAGGAAGCAGUUCAGAUUCCAGCUCUCCGUCAAACAGCCCAACUUUUUGGAGCUACGGUCGCUCCAUGGCUGACUACGCCCAGAUGCUCCGGAAAUUCCAGUACCAGCCGGCCUACAGGUCCCAGGCCCCCUCGGCUCACAAGGACGAAGCCGACCUGAGUUCCAAGCAAGCUGCCGAAGAGGUCUGGGCCCGGGUUUCAACAAGCAGACAGCUGUUCGAUCACAUGGAUUCUUGGACUGCCAAAUUCAGAAACUGGGUCAACGAGACGAUUUUGGUGCCGCUGGUUCAAGAGAUGGACUCCGUAAGCACCCAGCUGCGGAGAAUGGGGUGUCCAGAGCUACAGAUUGGAGAGGCCAGCCUGAGCAGCCUGAAGCAAGCAGCUUUGGUGAAAGGACCCCUUAUCCCUACCCUGAACACCAUCGUGCAAUACUUGGACCUGACCCCAAACCAGGAAUAUUUAGUCGAGAGGAUCAAAGAGCUUUCCCAAGGCGGGUGCAUGAGUUCGUUCCGAUGGAACCGAGGAGGAGACUUCAAAGCACGCACGUGGGAUACGGAUUUACCCACAGACUCCGGA